AACACCAGAAGGGGAAGAUUCCGGAACUGGAUGUAAAAAUCCUUUCUUCCUGCAGCUUCCCGGACCCAAUUAGAUGUUGUACCCGGUCCGGUUACCCAGGUGACAGGCAUAGCGGUUUGUCACGGAACCGAGAGAAGAGUCCUAUCUUUCCACAGACACAAGAGGCCUGUUUACCUCAAUCAUGGAGUCUUCCUCAAAGGGUCUGCUCACCCAAGUUACUCAGUUCUGGAACCUCCUAGAUGAUCUGGCUGAAAGUAAUCCUGAGAGCUAUGAGAAGUUCAUUCAACAGCAGCUGAAAGAAGGGAAGCAGCUCUGUGCUGCCCCAGAACCACAGAUGUGUCUACAAACCAGGAUCCUGAAACCAGAGGAAAAAGUACUUUUUAUUAACCUGUGUCAGUGGAAAAGGAUCCCAGCUCCCCAGUCAACCACUCAUCCAGUACCUCUAAGUGUUGGCAGACCAGAAGAUAUGUCUGAAACAUCAGAUGUUUAUACAGUCAUCGAUGUUGCCUACAAUCCUGAUGUUCUCCAGGCGGCAGAAAAGGACCAAGUGAAAAAAGAUCAAUUAAUACGGAUGGCCAUGAAAUGCAUUGAGGAACAAUUCCAAUUCACUCUCUCACACUUUUACAGUAUCACUAAAUUUAGAAUAAAAGGAAGCAUUCAAAGGAUGAAACAAAAUCUGAUGGGAAUGCAAGCUGACCCCACAAAUUUAAGAGAGAAAAUGAGAAAGGAACUAACCCUUGAACAGAUAAGUAGUACUGCGAGCAAUCCAGAUCACUUUCAGCUUUUAUUGCCAAAAGGUGAAGUUUCAAGCAAAACAAGGUGUCUGAUUGAGGAGAUUUCCAGUACAGAGAUCCAGGUAGAGAUGAAGGAACCAGCCUAUGAAUUAAAAAUUGUGGCUGACCAGAAUGAGAAACCUCUGGAAAUUGAAAUAAAAGUUGAAUUACCUGGUAUUAAUUCAGUAUCUCUCUGUGAACUUAGUGUUUCUGAGGAUGACUUAUUGAUUGAGGUCUCUGAGAAGUACAGAUUACAUCUGAAUCUUCCAGAAUCUGUGGAUACUGAAAUGACUACAGCCAAAUUUAUCAAAGAGAAAGCUACAUUAAUCAUCACAAUGCCAUUGGUGUAAGUCAAGAGCAUCAUCUGCUUUGGGUUUUCAGUGCUAAAGGCCUGUGAAUGAUAGGACCUUCAUUAUGGGUGAAGAGGUAGUGGUUUACCUUAAACACUAGUAUUUUCUAAGAGUUCUUUUUGAAGGAAUGAGGUUUUCUCAUCAACUUCUCAUCAAUCUUUUUUUUUUUUUUUAACUCUCCUUCUCAAACUUGGCUAGAAGCAGAAACUUUUAAAACGGUAUUACCAUGAUAUACUUGUUUUGAAGCUAUUUCUAAUGAUCUUAAAGUAACAAAUUUGUCAUUUGGGAAAAUUCUGUUUCCAAGUAAAUUGUGGGGAAAAAAAUUUUUAAGAUUUUUAUUUAUUUGACACAGAGAGACAGCGAGAGAGAAAACAUAAGCAAGGGGAGUGGGAGAGGGAGAAGCAGGCUUCCCACUGGGUGGGGGCUCAUGGCCUGAGCCGAAGGCAGACACAACAACUGAGCCACCCAGGCACCCCUAAAUUGUGAAAAUUCUUGGUUUACUGGUUGAAAUUCUGGUUUACUUGGUGUCUCUAGCAAAUUUUUGCAUCAGAAAUAAAUCCCAGACUGUGUAAAUUUUCUAUUACCAAGAAGAACUGAAGCAGUCGAAGUUUCCUCCAGCUAUAAAGUUACAGGACCAAUGUAGUAAUAUACAAAUUUCUGCUUCUAUGAACCUCUAUACUUCUGUAAAACAGUUCCAAUGGGAAGAGUCCAAGCUACCCAGACAGAUUUUUUAAUAACGAAUCUGGACUUGUCUGUGGACUGGAUACAAUGAUGCAGUAACAAUAACAGGAUGUUAUUGUACAGAAGAUGCAAAAUACAUCUAACCGUAAGAAAAAGAAUGUGACUUUGGGACAAGUGCCUUUCUCCUAUGAAAAUAAUUUUAAAAAGAAGUGACGUAUUUAUCAACUUCCAUUCAAAGGUAUUAACUUUGAUGUUCACAUCAAACUUUAAACAUCCUUAAUCAUCUUUCCUAGAUUUAGUACAGCUUCCUUGUAAUAGCUUCUAGUUCAACAUAAGGUCUUUAAAGUCCUUAUUAAUUUAACUAAUACAGUAUAUAGAAUAAAACAAUUGAUAUGUGAUAUUUAAAGACAAGUAUCAUUUUCUUAAGCCUGGUCUGGAUUUGCGUUCUCCCAGCAAUAGGAUAAUUUACCAUCUGAAAAUGUUCUAGAACUGUAUCAUGUCCUAAAGUUAAUACACCUAUUAUAUUCUCAUCCCUCAAAAAAACUUGGAAUGCUUUCACCUUACCUUCUCUUCUACAAAAUCACUGUCAAUACUUGUCCUAGAAACCCCAUACCUAACCACAUAGAACUGGUUGAAUCUCUGCUCUGGCACUUUCUGCACUUGGGUGUUACUUUUGUCAGCAGCUAUGCGUUUGUGUACUCAUUAGCAAAAUGCUUAUC